UUUUUUUUUGUACAAAACAAAUAAAUGUUUUUAGUUAAAUUCCAGUUCACGUUGUUUUGCUGUGAUAAUCCCUCAUAAGUGCUUAAAAGUCCUGAACUUACUGGUUUGUAACAAAAAUUGGGAAAAAAAAAAACAACAACAAAAAACAUAGAUGGUUCAUUUUUAUCUGGAUUUGGUAACAUUUUUUUCUUUAAACACGUUUUUCCUCCCCUAAAAUUUAUCAACAAAUCUAUUCAAGAUCUAAAAUAUAACCAGUGUAUAGGCCUAAACAUUUUUGGCUUUGUAAUAGGAGAGGAAAUACAGUUGUCCAAAAAAAAAAAAGAGGAGAGAAAAAAGACAACGUUUUCUAAUAAUUUACCCCUCUUUGUUUUCUCUGUCCCUUUGUGAGUUUCACCAUUUGCACAAUUAAAACAUUUAAGUAAAAAAGUAAUAUUUGCAUUUAGAGGACACAGCCUUUAAAACAGGUCUUUCUGACACUUUAAGCUAACCUUUUGUAUAUAAACACAAAAUUCACAAAAUAGCACAGUUUUAAAGUCAACUCUUGAAAGAAAAAAGGUCAUUUUUAAUAUUUUUUUGGAGAUAAAAAAAUUCUAUAAUUUUGUAGCCGUUUUUGACAGGCUUAAUAGAUCCUGAAAAUCAAAUUAUGAACUUUAAACAAGCUCUAUAUUGGUUCUUUAUUGUAACAAAGUCUCACUGCAGAGUGACAGGUAAUAAUUUACAUAAAGACUAAAAAAAACAGCCUAUUGAUAACAAGUAUAUCAGAGACAGGUAUUUGACCAACAUGUGCUGUAACUAACAGUGGGUGGAGCAGUAUUUGUUGAUGACAUGUUAUUUAUACAUUUAUUUGUCUAAUUAGGAAAAAAAUCUACAAUGUAAAGGAAACAGAGCAGUCAAGAAGGAAAAUAGAGAAUGUAAGAUACAGUAAAUUAAUUUUGACAGUCAUUUAAUGUAGACUGUUGAAGUCCUUUCAUGUUUUUUAUAUGAUUUGAUUAAAUUUUGUAUUUGAAAAAUGUUUCUCAUUUCCUAAAUAAAUCACCUGGGUCAGGGGCAGGAUUUUGAUGGGAGGGUUGAGCCAGCUGGGCGGUGCAGUGGGUCAGUAGGUCAUUAGUGGGAAGUGAGGGCGGGUCAAACAUCUCAGCGCAGUCUGACUGUGCCCUCCAGUGGACACGUCCAGCCUGCUGUCUGGACAAACAUCAUGUCCAGAGUUUGACGCGUUCAUUGAACUAAAUAUUUAGUUUUGAAGGGAUUAUUCUUGGAGGGGGGAAAAAAUUGGGUUGAUUUUGAUCAGCAGAGCUUCAGUUGUUUCCUGAUGAAGACAGCAGGCGGUGCGUCACUGAGCGGCGGUGAAGAAAACGGAGGAAAGUUCCUCAAACAAGCGCAAAGCUGAAGGUUUUUGGCGAUUAACAUUACCUUUACAAAAGGUCCACUCCACUCUUUGAUCUGAGCUGAGUGACUGAAAACACCUGCGGGGACCCCCCCAUCUGUGGCCCUGACCCUCUCACUGCAGCAUGGGCAACUUUUCCACCAAGGACAACCACGGACCCACAGGGUCCCAUUUGGAAACCUUCCACACUCCACCUUCUUCUCCGCUGAACGAUGCACCUUGUCCCGCUCCCAGCGYCUCUCAUUUCCCACCUUCCACUGCAGCUCCAGCUCCGCCCCUGUCUCCACCACCAGGCAUCACUAUCAGCUGGAAGAAAUCACCACAAAACACCUCCACGUCCAUUUCCCCUCCUGACUGGAGUCCUCCUCCACCGGUCGCUACAAACAGCUCYAAAGCGGUUCCCGGAGUGAGCCUGGUGCAAAAGAAGACGGGCAGUACCGUGGCAGGUGGAGCCGAUGCUUCCCCGGGGAAGAACGGGGGUCCUCCGGCCUCUUCAACACGGACUUCAGUCUCCCAAGUGAAAAGUGUGGCUGUCAGUCCCAUAAAAAGCCCUUCGCCUGCGUGUUGUGAGUCACCUGCCAGCAGCUCUUUGGAGCAGAACUGCAAGGAAAGAGACAAAGGUCYGAGUCAGUCUCUGCUGCCUGGUAAUGAAAACAGGGACAGCCAAAGUGAGGAGCUGGUGGAACUGUUGGGGGAGUGUAGGACCACACUGGGUAUUUCUGCCAACCAGGAUGGGACCACAAACACACCAGAGAUACUGAAGCACCUGCUGACUGAAGUGAAGAGUUUAAAGACAACUCUGCAGACAGAGCGUGGGGAAUGGCUGCAGUUCCAGGCAGACCUCCAGGUGGCGGUGUCCGUGGCAGACCGCCUGAGAGCUGAGGCRGAGGAGGAGCUUACGGCCCUCAGAUCUGCCCACAAAGACAUGGAGCGGGAGCUGGCAGCUGCCCACCAGAGACAGAAAGAGGCUGAAAUGCAGCUGGUCACCCUGCAGGGAGAGCUGAGGGAAACCAGGCAAAGACUGGCCUCUCCUACUGAAACCAAAGACAAAACCAAAACCCAUGUUCUGUGUCAGGAACCUGACAGGCCCAGUGGAGAAUCGAAGAACUCUGACAACACAGAAGGGUGUAAUAGAAGCAGGGGGUGGGGGCUGUACAGGGUUGGGGGUGAAGGGGUGGAAAGUAAGAAUCAGACUCAGGUGAUGAAAAGUCCUGUUGACGAAGAUGCAAAAACAAACUGUAAAGGUGUGACUCAGCGUUACCUGAGAAAUGUGAAAAUCGAGGAUGGAAAUAAAGGCGAUGUGCAGUUUAAUGAGACACGAAGGACGUUGACCACAGAGAGGUCAAGAAGCCUGUCCAGAUUACCUGCCCCCUCAGACUCUCUCACCUUACAGAAUGGAACAUCCCAGUCCACCUCUGCUUCAACACUUGGGCCUAAUAACAAGAACCUUGUGCAGCUAAAAGGACAAAAGAGUGUCGACUGGCAAGAAGGAAGGUCCUCCAGCGAUGCAGGAAAACGUGAGGAGUCUUUGAAUAAGUACAACUCAGCCCUCAGUGAGAUGCCACCCACCAGGUCGCAGGAUGGUUUCAACCUGCUGCUGCGUCGCCAUGGCGGCUCCAAGAGAAACUCGCUGCUCCGCUGGUGUCAGAGCCGAACUCAAGGCUACAAGAAUAUUGACAUUACUAACUUCAGCAGCAGCUGGGUGGAUGGUCUGGCGUUCUGUGCCGUCUACCACACGUACCUCCCCUCUCACAUCCCGUACAGCACGCUAACCCUGGACAACAAGAAGGAGAAUCUGAGUUUGGCAUUUAAAACUGGAGAGAGUGUAGGGAUUUCCCCAUCUCUGACGGUGGAUGAGAUGCUGAGAGUGGGCGGACCUGACUGGCAGAGGGUCCUGAACUAUGUGGAGAGCAUCUACCGACACUUUGAGAUGUGACCGCAGGAGGUACACGCAAACAAUCCCAAAGUCAUACGAAAGGACUAUAACAAGAAAAGUAUGUUUUCACAAUACUUGCUCCAUCUGCUUUGCUCUCGGUGGCAGUAAACGAUAAGUUCAGUUUUUAUUUUUCUGGCAUGAUGAUAAACUGAAGAUUAUCUCAAAAAUAGGUAAAACAAUGGUCAAAAGCCUGCAUAAGCCAGACACUGAGACACAGAUAUUUAUAAACUGUGGCAUUUUAAAUUCCAAUGUGACUUAAGGGAUAGUAGAAUCAAGGUAGUGCAUUGAACACAAUCAACCACAAAGGAGCAGAAAGAAGAGGAUGUGAGGACGAAUGUUCCUUCCUUAUGGACAAACAGAUUUACAGAAGGUUGCUUUUAGUUGCCUUCUCUUAAAGGUUCUCAUUGCAAACUGUAAACUGAAACAAAAAUAAAGCAUCCAUGACUACAUCAGAUGGUGCCGUUUGAAGGAGUUUUCUCCAGUAGUUGUCUCGAUAAACUGAUAGGCUUUGUUUACAUUGAAUGUGGACCUGCCUUUUAGAAUUGCCUAAGUCCAACAAAAACCACAAGGAAGGUUGUUUCACGUGACUGACCUCCAGUCGGCUGGCUGUAGUCUGUUCAGGUCAACAAAUAUGGCUGAAUCAGAAACAUGUAGAGUCUCUAAGAUGUUCAAAUCCCAUCUGCAUAUUUUACUCAACAAAUCCAGUCAUAAGUACAUACCAGUAUUACAAAAUCUCCAUGUGUUUUCUAUGGGCAUUGCCAUUUUUUUUUACCUAUUAGUCACUUAAGCAGUUUCCAAAGGGAAGAAAAAAACAAAUUUUGCCUGCAGAUUUUGAUUUUAAGAACACAUUACCCCUCCAAUAAAAUAAUAAUAAAAAAGUACAGAUUUUGCUUCUUUGACACUGCAAUGAGUAGUUUUAUUAGCAAGUUUUGUUUUUCAUAAGGAGGGUGUUAAAUUGCUCUUAAUGUCUCAACACUGGUACUUCAUUGUAUGGCUCAUUAUUUAACUGAUCAAAAUGUUGGAUUUUUUUUCUGUUUUUAUAUGUGAUGCAUUUUGAGAAUUCUACCUUUUUCUCGACCUGAAGCACCUUGUAGAUGUGGUCCUUCACCAGCUCGACUUUCACAUUCACUGAAAAAACUUGAUAGGCAUACAGCUGCAGCCUGAAAAACAUCUAUCUUUAGUUCACAAAAAAAUAAACCACAAACACACAAAAGUGCCUUCAUGUGUACCAGCACUGGUUAGAUGAUUCAGUUGUGCACCUAAAGAAUGAUAGCGCAAAACCAAGCACAAGCCCACACAAGCAUUCACGUCCAAUUUCACCAUCCUCUCACCUCUUAUCUGCUUUCUCGCUGAUACWCGGCUGAUGUUGCUAAAACAUGUUUGUAGCCAAAGUUUAACGUGUCCAAAUCUGGACACUGUUCGCUGUAAAAUAUGUUGAUAUGUGUGAAAAGAUUGUCCCAAAGCAAUAAACUGUUAAACUAUG